AUGGCAACUCUCAGCACUCUUGCAGGCUGGGCUGCGCUCAUCGCAUUCACUGGCGCUUAUUGGUACUAUCACUCGAAUUCAUCAAAGAAUCGGCGAUUGCCAGCCGUGAAAGGGGCAAACAAGCAGGUCGAAUCUCGCAACCCAAAAGUCAAGAAGCCCAAACAAGAAGGGGGGCUCAGCAGUGGCGACCAAGAGGUCAAGUCAGGUGUGAAGAGCCAGAAGAAGAAGACGCAAGUCUCCAAGGUUGAGCGGGAAGUCGAGAGCAUCCCCAGACCCCAGGCCACCAAGGAUGAUGGCCGGGAUGAUGAGAUUGACAACAAAGAGUUCGCUCGGCAGCUUGCCAGUCUCAAGACGGGGACAAUCAUGGCUCCUAAAUCACAGGCUACAAGCAAACAAAAAUCUGUGAAGCAAUCAAGGGCACAAGAGAAGCUCCCUGUUGAGACGAGCUCAGACAAUGCAACGGCGCCUUCUUCAGCCAAUGGAGGAGAUGCUGAUGACGAUCAAUCACCAUUAAAUUCACCUGAGCUGAGUGCAACAUCAAUGGCUUCAGCAGUCACGAACGGUGAUGUCUCAGAUAUGCUGGAAAAAGCGGCCGCAGGUCCUUCCGUUUUGAAGAUCACAGAGUCCAGCGCUCCUUCACGUCCAAAGAAGGCAAAGCCAGUGACUACUUUCGAAGCAGUCGAGACGAAAAAGCAAAGGCAAAACCGCAAGAAGGCUGAGGCUAAGAAGCUUGCCCGGGAGGAGGAUGAGAAAGAGCGACAAGUUACACUGGAGCAGCAACGCCGGACUGCUAGAAUUGCAGAGGGUAGAGCUGCGAAGGACGGAAGCUCAUUCACUGCGACCAAGGCGCCCACUGAGUCUGCAUGGAUCGCUUCACCUGCCAGCGGAGCUAAUGGGAGCAAAGCUGCCAACACUAGUGUCGACCUCCUCGAUACCUAUGAACCAAGCAAGACGCCAGCUGCUCCCGCCCCAAAGAAGGAGACUACCGUCCCAGCAGAAGCUCUGUAUUCAGAAGGCGAGCUUGCCGGUAGUGACUGGCAAAACAACUUCUCGGCUUUGCCAUCGGAGGAAGAACAAACACGACUGGCGAUGGAAGAGUCUGACAACUGGAAGACGGUCAAGGCGAAGGAAAGGCGAAAGCGCGAGAAGGCAGCCCCCACGGGGCCACAAAGUUCCGGCGAUGAAAGGAACGAUUAUGGUGUUCCUCCUGUCACCGCCCCGUCCGGUCCUGGAAAGAAAUGGGCCACUACACUGGUUCACGUGGAGCCAACUGGAGAUGUUGUUGAGCGAGAAAAGGAGCUCCAAGACUCUGAGUGGGAAGUUGCCUAG